GAAAAGACUGGAACUACCAAAGGGUUUCUGCUAGACAUCAUAGGCUGAAGUGAAGAUCCACCAGUUCAUUAAUCCCUCCUACUGAUGAUGAAGCUUGGAAAAACUGGAAAUGGGAGGGGACGAAGUAGCCGAGAUGUCCACAGGCCAGAAGCACUUUGAGCUAAAACACAGGGAAGAAGUCCUCAUGUGUAAAGAAUACGAGAAGUUGCGCCAGGAGCUUAUCAAGAAUCUUCUCCUCUCCAAGCAGAAGUUGAACCUCAAGUCGGCUGUCAGUAAAAAGUCAUUCUCAGACCUUCAGGCCCUCGACCGCACCCAGCCUUGUGCAGGACCCCCCAAACCCUCGGGGCCCCCGGGGCGAAGGGACCCAGCGCGCUCGGCGGCCGCGCCCCUUCCGCAGCUGGCGCCCAAGGUCCUGGCGCCCCCGGCGGGCCGCCUGGAGGCGGCGUCCGCGCAGCAGCCCCGCACCUUUCGGGCCCGCGAGUUCUACCUGCGGAGCUCCGCCUUCCUGCGCUACCGGCUGCCGAAGACGCCGCCGGUCAUCGCCUCCCAGGCCGGCACGUCCAGGCCGGUGGUGCUCAAGUCGCCGCUGCUGUCGCAGAGCAAGGCCUGGACGCUCCUCCACCUGCAGAGCCCGCGGCCGUCGCUGUGCAAAGCGGCUCCCGAGCCGGCCGGGGCAGCCAAGCCCGCGCCCCCCGCGCCCACGGAGGAGCGCAGGAUCCGACUCAUGAGCAGCAGCUCGGGGUCGCUCUACCUGGGCGAAGCGACCGGGGGCGUCGUGCGCAAGCGGGUGCGGAUCCGCACGCACUUCAUGCGGGAGGCCCCCCGAGACUCGGUGGAGUCGGCGCGGUCCGAGCGCGAGCACGUCCUGUCCUGCGAGCCCUGGGAGGCCGCCCCGCUGCUGCCGCUGCCCGAGCGCGUGGUGCCCAGGUCCAUCGAGGAGAUCGUCACCUCGCUGCAGUCCGAGGCGCAGCUGGCCUCCGACCAGGCGGUCACCGAGCUCAUCCAGAGCGUGCUGGGCCCCAGCUACCAGCUGCGGAUGGAAGAUAUUCCGUUAAUGGAAACAUUUCAGCAGCCAGAAGCUCAAGAUCAAACAGAGCAAGGCUUACAGACUGUACUUGUAGGACCUACUCGAACAGAAUCAAGUCUGUACCAGAUUGAACAGGAGGACACAUCCGAGUGGGGCAUCUCAGACGCAGAAAGCUUAUAUAAGGCUCACGAAACCCAGCUCACAGAGGAAUCAAGUGAACCCUUGGAUCAUGAAAGGUCCACAGAUGAUGCCAAAGCGGUCAAGCAGAUAUCUUUAAAGGUGAGAUCAUCAGAAUUGUUGCAAAUCAAAGGAAAAGGAGUCAAGAAAACUCUUAGAGCCAAAUUAGAAAUUUCAGAAGAGAGACAAAGGAAGAUCAUUAAAGCUUUGUGCCAUCAAAAAUUACCUAAAAAAAAAAUUUCCGAAGAGUCCUCCAUUCCUAGCCAUCAUGAGCUGUGCACCACUGUCCCAUCCCAGAAGCUACCCAUUAAUUUGCGCCUGGCUUCUCGUGUGUAUCACACGGCCAGCAAGGAAGGACACAAAGCUGUAGUUGAUCUGUUUGGAACCUCCUUACUGAAUGAUCAGUGUGAAAAGGAAGAGCAAAGAUAUAGAAUACUACAUGGAAUUCCGGUUACGAAUGCCACUCAAGAGGACAUCGGCAUGCUUCCAGGAGCGUCAUGCAAGGUGGCAGAAGGAAGCAGACAGCUCGCCGACAAGCCACAACUAGAACUCUUGGGAGAGGAAGUAUGUGCUUAUCCAGGAUUUACAAAGUUGUUUUGGAAUCCAACUGCACCCAAAUUUUCUGUUCCAGUAUCUGUCAUGAAGGAAACUCUAUAUCCCAAAUACGAGACUGUUCAAACAAGCAAAAUUUUUCGUGAGAAAUUUCUGUUUGAAAGCAAGGAGAAUGUUAUUUCUUUAUAUCAAUGCAGGAUCAAUUCAAAGCCUUCCUUCCUGGGAAAAUCGCUCUCACUUAGCAACAUUGGAGAUUUCUCCAGUAGACAGCUUCCACCUCUAAAGAGAAUCAAAUCUGCAGUCGAAUUGAGGAGCGAAGAGACACUUACAUAUCCACUUGACAUCAGGGACGACGCGAAAAGUAACAUAAAAGAGCUAUCUUUCCAGAAAGCAAUGGAGCUGGAACGUCGGCUGACAGAAGAAGAAAAAAUCAAGGAAACUGUGAAAGGAAAUAUAGACACCAUCCUAGACAACUUGCGGAAGUCUAGCAGUUGGAGAUACAUGCCUUACUCUCUUAUUGAGGCGUCUAGACAAGCUGGCAUUACUUACAUCGUUUAUCCCAAGAGAAAGAGGAUUAAACUGAAGAGAAAAAUGAGAUUUAGUAAACUUUCAAUUGUGUAUGAGGUGUUAUCCAGACCUCCAAAACAUCUUCAAAGGUCAGUGUCUCAUGGAAUCCUUCCUGGACAGAAGAAAUUCCUUAACAGGAUUCCACUCUAUGAUCGCCAUUUUCUGUCUCCCAGCCUACCUAUGAUUUUAGAUUUUGACAAAUUUGCUCAAAGCAGGGGAGGAAUUCCAAAAAAUACUAAGCCUCGGACAUGGGCUCUCAGUUUAUUCUCUUCAUAUAAGCAUCAGAGGGAAAGCACAAAAGAGAAGCUUUUUCAAACCUGUGCUGUUAGAGAGGAGCCUGAACAAGAGCUGCAACCCAGCCCGGAACUGAGUGAUUCUCUGAGUACUGGCCUCCCUCUAGAGGUCACCGAACAUUAUAAAUCUGAAGUGAAGCUACUGACUGAAGAAAUAAACAGGAAGAAAAAAUAUCCUGCAUUUUUAUAUUGUAGACGUGGAGCAAUUUAUAGGAAACUGGGAAUGUUACAGAGUGCCAUGAGUGAUCUACAGGAAGCUAUUCGCAUGGAACCAUUGUUUCUCAAUGCCUACUGGCACCGACAUUUCAUUUAUCUCUUUCAAGAUAGAAUUAGUGAAGCAUUGGAUGACUUGAAUUAUAUAAAUAAAUAUAAUAAAAACAAUGCAGAGGUCUAUUUAUCAAAGGCAGAAAUUUUUAAGGGAAAAAAUGAUACUACACUGGCAAUUAUAAACUAUUCCCUGGCAAUUAAGUGUAAACCCACAGAUGCGGAUAUGUAUUUCAGGAGAGGUGAGAUGUAUGAGCUGGAAAACAAGGUGCUGGCCAUGGACGAUUUCUCUAAAUGCAUUUUUUAUGAUCCUAAAAGAACAGACGCAUUGUUAAAACGGGGGAUAUAUCACUAUGAGAAUGAGAGCUGGCUUUCAGCCGCGACAGAUUUUACAGCCUUGUUAAAAAUAGACCCCCAACAUCUUCGAGCAAGGACCUACCGAGGGAGAGCAUAUUUUAAGCGGCAUCUGUAUAAGGAUGCAGUUCAAGACUUUUCUUAUGUGAUUCACUUCGAUCCCAAUAACUGGCUGGCACUGUACUACAGAGCUUGUAUAUUUCGGAAGACUAACCCUAUGAGAGCACUGCAGGAUUAUAGUGUUUCAGUUCUCAUAAAUGAUGGUUAUGAGAAUGUUUAUUGUUUUCUACAUCGGGGAAUACUGUAUACAGAUCUAAAACUCUGGAUGCUGGCAAUUUGUGACUUUGAAACUGUUAUAUCUCUAGAAAGAACCAUUAUUUUAGCUUAUAUAAAUAUUGGCCUCACAUAUAUGUUGCAUCUGGAUAAGUAUGUUGAAGCUGCUUGGCAUUUUUCAGAGGCUAUUAAAAUUGAUCCUUUAUCUGUUCAAAGCUACAUGUGUCGAGCUGAAGCCUAUUUUAAGUUACAUCAUUUCACAAAGGCCGUAAGAGAAUUAUCUCGUGCUAUUCACCUUCAGCCAGAUGAGAUUCAAUUGUAUAUAAUAAGAGGAAAAUAUCUUCUUGUGAUGAAAUGUUACGAUCUUGCAAAGUUCACUAUUUACCAAGUAGCAGAAAUGAACAAAGGUAUCAUUGAGUUGAGUCCUAUCCAGCAAGCACUAAUCUAUUCAUUUUGUGAAAACCAUGACAAGGCCAUUCAGGUCUUAGAUGGGUUCACUCUACGUCGCCCAGAUAUGGCCAUGUAUACUAUGUUAGCCAAAGCCUUGAUGAAAGCCAAGAAGAACAAGGAAGCUCUGAAAAUGUUUAAAAAGGCAUUGGAUGUCUUUUCUCACUCUGACAAAGGACCAAACGCCGUUGCUGCCUCAUCGGACUGUUUGUACCACAUGGGUCUUUGCUACUUGGAGGACGGCAAUGCACACAUGGCUCUUGAUACUUUCACAAAAGCUGUGAAAGCAAAUCCUAAUUUUGCUGAAGGGUUUUAUCAACGUGGACUCUGUAAAGUCAAACUUCGCAAACAUACCUCAAUCCUGGAUUUUAAUCGUGCAAUUACCAUUAAUCCAAAUCAUUACCAGGCAUAUUUAAGUCGAGCAGCCUUCUAUGGUCUAAAAGGCAGAUAUUCUAAAGCGAUCUUGAAUUGUAAUGAGGCGAUUAAAAUCUAUCCUAAGAGUGUCCGUGCCUAUAUCUACAGAGGAGUCCUGAAAUACUACAACAGGACAUAUCAACUGGCAAUUAGAGAUUUAACUAUAGCUGUCAAUAUGGACAAAAACAGUUCCAUAGCAUUUUACAACAGAGCGAUUUGUUACACCAAGAUAAAUGAAUGUCACAUGGCAUUAAAAGACUAUGGAAUUGUGUUGCUUCUUGACGCUGAAAAAAAUGUGACAUUCAACACCUUUGUUAACCGUGCGCUCAUCUAUACAGAACUUAAACAAUACGGUUAUGCAUUAGAGGAUUUUAAACAAGCCGCACUGGUGAACGGUACUGAUGUGGACCUCUGCCAGGCUACCGCCUUGUGUCAUCACAGAAUUAGAGAGUUUGAGGAAGCAGUCAGUUUUUUCUCCCAGUCUCUUCAAAUUAAUCCAUGGUUUUUGGAUGCUUUCACUGGACGGGGAAAUUCUUACAUGGAAUACCAUCAUGACAAAGCCACGAAACAAGCUCAGAAGGACUUCCUGAAGGCUUUACAUUUUAAUCCAUCGUACUCAAAAGCCAGAAUCAGUUUAGGCUAUAAUUUGCAGAUUCAGGGAAAAUUCCAGAAAGCUUGGAAUCAGUUUACAAUUGCCAUAGAAAUUGAUCCAAAGAACUACCUAGCCUACGAAGGAAGAGCUGUUGUCUGUCUUCAGAUGGGUGAUUUUUUUGCUGCAGUCCAGGAUAUUAAUACUGCCAUAAAGAUCAAUACCACAGCAGAAUUCUUAACAAACCGUGGUGUGAUUCACGAGUUCAUGGGUCAACAGCAGAAUGCAAUGAAGGACUAUCAAGCAGCCAUUUCUCUAGACCCCACGUACUCCCUGGCUUACUUCAAUGCAGGAAAUAUCUACUUUCACCACAGACAAUUUUCCCAGGCCAUUGACUACUUCUCAAAAGCUUUACAGUUUGAGCCAGGAAAUGAAUGUGCUACCAUGAACCGAGCUAUUGCAAAUACAAUACUGAAGAAAUAUGAAGAAGCAGAAAAAGAUUUCGCAUGUAUAGUUGAAAGCUGUCCCCUUUGGUCUGCAGUGUAUUUUAACAGAGCAUACUUCCACUGCUGCCUAAAACAGUAUGAGCUAGCUGAGGAAGACCUCAGUAAAGUCCUGUCUUUGAACCCAGAUGAUGCUCUUGUAUAUAAUCUUAGAGCAGAAGUUCGGGUUAAACUAGGCCUUAUGGAGGAAGCUAUGGACGAUUACAACCAAGCACUUGACCUUCAAGACCAUGCCCCAGCUAUAUGACUCCAUGACUGUGGUUUAUCCAGCUUCUAGAAACUGAAUUGCAGUAUGCAGAAGUUGAGCUCCCUUCAUUACUGUGUUCAUUACAUUGGUACUUCGUCCUUAAAAACCUUUUUAGUGCAUUAAAAAACAAACAAAAU